AUGGUGGCGUAUGCUCCACAGCCUAUUCCGAUAGUUGCGAUCCUGUUGAGACCUCCUAAAAUUUUGGAUGGUGAAAUUUACAUCAGUUUUUCCAAGGAGGAGAUUACAAAGUCGGCUGAGCCGUUCAUUUUUUCUCUGGUUUUAAAAUUCUUCAGGAAUCGUCCUUCUCUAGAUGAUAUUCGGUCCUAUAUUAGAAGAAGAUGGGGGCUCGUUGUUCAGCCUGUGGUCUCGUUGAUGGCGGCGCCUAGGUCGGUGUUUGUAAGGUUUGCUAAUGAGGGGGAUUUUAAGAUGGCAAUAUCCAGGGAGUCUUGUGAAGUGAAGGGAGUCCCCUACCGUGCGUUCCAUUGGUCGACGGAGUACACAGAGGAACUGGAAUCUCCAGUGGUACCUGUAUGGAUUUCACUCCCUAGUUUGCCUCCGAACUUGUUUCAUGAAUCGUUCCUGGAAAAUAUCACAAUGCCAAUUGGGAAAUAUGUGCGCAGCGAUAAUUGUACCAGAUGUGCUACCCGGACGGAUGCGGCAAGAGUUUGCGUUGAAAUGAAUGCCGCUAAAGAUCCUAUUGAAUCGCUAUGGAUUGGGGUGCCUCACCAAAUGGGUAGUCGAUUGCAGAAGGUUAUAUAUGAAAAUUUACCAGCGUAUUGCAGGCUCUGUAAAACGCAGGGGCACAAUAUAGCAAAGUGUCGUAAGGCUGGCGCUCAGGAUGGAAAAAACAAGAAUCUGGAGGGGAAUAGGGAUAAUAGAAGAAGGAUUUACAAGGAGAAGGGCCAAACAGAAGGAGAAACGGGGCAGAUUCCUUUGGUGACGGGUUCGGAAAUGGUCAAAGGGAAGGAGUUGAGUUCUUCCAUACAAGUUGGAAGCCUGAUGAUCGUAGAGGAACCAGAGGAGGUGGAGCUUCAGGGCUAG